AUGAUUGAAAAGUUUAGCCUCCAUGACAACGAGUGGUUGGGAGUAUUAUAUGCUGAGCGACAUAGGUGGAUUCCUGCCUAUGUGAAAGAUAUAUUUUGGGCUGGCAUGUCAACUACACAGCGAAGUGAGAGCAUGAAUGCGGUUUUUGAUGGCUAUGUCAACUCAAAGACUACUUUAAAGCAAUUUGUUGAACAGUACGACAAUGCAUUGAGAAGUAAGGUGGAGAAGGACACCAAAGCAGACUUCAAAUCGCGAGACAGAUUGUAUGAUUGUUUAAUGGUGUAUGAGUUUGAGAAGCAAUUUCGUGUAGCCUACACAAAUGCGAAAUUUAAAGAAGUUCAAGUAGAAUUGAAGCGACUACUGUAUUGUCAUGCGAAUCUUGUGAAGGAGGAGGGAUCCAUUUGUACCUAUCAUGUCAAGGAAGUUGUGCUUGUGGGUGAGAAAAUGAAGAAAGUUGAAUUUCUUGUUUACUUUAAUUCAACUGAAUUUGAAAUGCAAUGUGUGUGUCGGUGGUUUGAGUUUAGGGGGAUCAUGUGUGCCCAUUCCCUUAGUGUGCUCAUUGAGAGGAGCAUAUAUGAGAUUCCUAAUAAGUACAUUAUGUCGAGAUGGAGAAAAGAUUUGGAAAGAGGGUACACAUGUAUUCCAACAACAUACACGAAAUCCGGGGCUGGCCUCAAUGCAAAGGUACAUGAGAACUACCACAAGACAUUGGAUGAAAUUAUAGAAAUUGCUUCCAACAAUGAUGGUAAACACAAAGCCAUUCAACUUGGGUUGAGAGAAAUCAAGGAAAGAGUAAGAAAAGAUGAAUCUCGUUGUGCGAGUAAUGUGCCACCUUCUAGUAGUACUGUCCCACCUUGUAGCAGUAAUGUGCCACCUUGUAGUACUACUCGCAAGGUGCUUAGUCCUUUGGUUGCUCGCCGAAGAGGCCGUCCAUGUAUGAAACGGAAGGUGAGCAAGGUGGACGAAAUAGUAAAUCGGUUAAAGGGAAAGAAUAAAAAGGCAACAAAAGUGCAGGGUCGUAAGAUGGGUCAAUGUGAACCUCGUAAGUUGAAUUUCGGUUGUACGGAUGGAAUGGAAAAUAAUAUGUACAAUCGGGUGCCGGAAGCUCAAUCCUACUAUUUUCCUUGUAUGGACGGGACACAAGAGAGCGCAUUGCAAAUGGUAGACAAAGUUGGAAGCUCAUCUUUGAGUGAAUCAGGAAUGGCGAAUAUAGAUGGUUCAACUUUUGUCGACUUCAAUAUAGAUGUUAUAUUUGAUUCUGAACAGCAGAUUCUGUUCAAACAGGUUUUUACAGAUUUGAAUGUGAAUUUUUGGACAGAUUCUGGAAUGAAUGUUAACAGGUUUUAA